GAGCUGCAGAAGGCCUGAUAGAGCCAGCUAGACAGAGAGAGCAGGAAGGGAGGGAUAGAGGGACGAGAGACAGACACACACACACUGUGGAUCCAGAGCUUGUGUAUUCAUUUCAUCUCCACGUUCAACCAGCGACACCAGAGAGGAAGGACACAAAGAGGAGGAAGAGGAAAACAAAAAAAAAGGAGUUUCAGUGAAAGCAGGGACAGUGAAAGAGUGGCAAGGUGAAAGAGGAGAAGGAAGGAAGGAAGGAAGGGAGGGAGGAAGGAGGAAGGGGCAUGAGGAGGGGCGUCUGACUGACAUUGCUGCUCUUGCUAUCACACAUCCAGCCAGAUUGUGCAGUGCACAGUUGCUGCUCUUUUUUUCCCCCUUUUUGAAGCUUGUCCUCCAUCCUUUCUUCUCCUCCGAGCAAGAGGACAAGAGAGACAGAGAGGAGGAAGAGGAGGAGGAGGGAAAAGGACGAGGAGGAGAAGAAGGAGGAGGAGGAGGGGAUGAGGCAGUAACCCUCUCCUCUCCUUUACACAAGACACACAGCAGAGAGAGAUAGGGAGAGAAUAUAAAAAACAGAGAGAAAGCAGCAUUCUGUUCUAUUUCGCCGUCUCCUGUGGUCCCUCGGCCAGCGAGCGGCUAACAGGCACCGCUCAUGUCCGUGAACUCGGAGAAAUCCUCGUCCCCUGAAAGGCCUGAGACCCAGCAGAAAGCCCCGUUGAGUGCCCCUCCUCCCCCGCCACCCCCUCCGCCUCCCCCUGAGCCGGCAGGGCCCCCGGAGCCGGAGGAGGAGAUCCUGGGCUCCGACGAUGAGGAGCAGGAGGACCCCGCAGACUACUGCAAAGGAGGGUACCAUCCGGUGAAGAUCGGGGAUUUGUUCAACGGGCGGUACCAUGUGAUCAGGAAGCUGGGGUGGGGCCACUUCUCCACCGUAUGGCUGUGCUGGGACAUACAAGUAAAGAACUUUGUGGCCAUGAAGGUGGUGAAGAGCGCCCAGCAUUACACAGAGACGGCCCUGGAUGAGAUCAAGCUGCUGCGAUGUGUCAGAGAGAGCGACCCAAACGACCCCAACAAAGACAUGGUGGUCCAGCUGAUAGAUGACUUUAAGAUCUCUGGAGUCAACGGCAUACAUGUGUGUAUGGUGUUUGAGGUACUCGGUCACCACCUGCUGAAGUGGAUUAUUAAAUCCAACUACCAAGGUCUGCCGCUGCCGUGUGUCAAGAGCAUCAUUAGACAGGUCUUGCAGGGUCUGGACUACCUCCACACUAAAUGUAAAAUCAUCCACACAGACAUCAAGCCAGAGAACAUCCUGAUGUGUGUAGAUGACACCUUCGUUAGACGCAUGGCCAUGGAGGCUACCGAAUGGCAGAAAGCUGGAGCUCCCCCUCCCUCUGGAUCAGCAGUUAGCACAGCCCCCCAGCUCAAACCGGUGAGUACAACAGAUGUGGGAAAGAUCUCCAAGAACAAGAAGAAGAAGCUGAAGAAGAAGCAGAAGCGUCAGGCCGAGCUGCUGGAGAGGCGUAUGCUGGAGAUCGAAGCCCUGGAGAGAGAGGCAGAGAAGAAGGACGAACGAGCCAAAGACGGGGGAGAGAAAGGGGACCAUGAACACAACCCGCCUUCGCCCCACAAGAAGACACCGCCGCCAAUAGGACCCAGCAUGGCCCUGGGAGAGAGCGAUGAUGAUGAUGAGGAGGAGGAGGACGAUGAGGAGGAGGAGGAAGGGGAGAAGGAGAGGCCCAUCAGGUUGACAAAUCAUACAUGUGCAGCGCCUCCUCAGGAACAGAGCGAGGCUCCUAACAUCACUGAAGACAACCCCGAUGAGGAGGUGGAAGAAGAGGAGGAGGAGGAGGACGAGGAGGAGGAGGAUGAGGAUGAGGAGGAGGAUGAGGAGGAGGAGGAGGAGGAGGAAGAAGAAGAGGAGCUCACUCCUAUCGCUGAACAAGAGACCCCAAUUCCCCCUAAAACAGAACAAGGUAAUGGAGAUCAUACGCAGACAGAAGAAGAAGAUGAGGAGGGGGAGAAGGAGGAAUCCAAAGGGGUAGAGGAUGGGACUGAGAAAGAGGUAGCAGAGGAGAAAGAAGAGCAGGAGGAGGAAGAGGAUGAUGAGGAGGAGGAGGAGGAGGAGGAAGAAGAAGAGGAGGAGGAGGAGAAGAAGAAGAAGAAAGAGACUGAAAAAGAGGAGAAGGAGAAAGAGGAGCCAAAGAGUGAAGGCCAAACAGAGGAGAAGGCAGAGGUAGAAGAGGAGUCAAAGGAGAAGGAAGGGGAGGAUGAGGAGGAAGAGGAAGAGGAGGAGGAGGACGACGACGAGGAAGAUGACGAUACAACGGCAGACCUCAUCACAUUGAGCACCUCCCCCAUCAAACCUGACAACAACAAAAGCAAUUCGGUCAAAAGCAAUUCGGUCAAAACCAACGGUCACGUUUUGUUGGGAUCUGAGGGACUAAAACCAAACCCUGGCAUUCCUCCUACUCCCUCCCCAACCCCUGAGCCUCUCCUCUGCCCCCUGGUGGAGUCUGAGCUCAGCUACACGGACAGGGACAACUCUCUCAGCUCUGGUUAUGAGAUGCACAACGGUGAGGUGAGUGAGAUGGGGCUGACCAACGGCUCCAGUGAUCGCCACCGGGCCAUAAUGCCCAUCUUCCCCGACCUGCCCCUGGAUCCUUUGCCAGGAAACCCCAUUUCUCUUGGAAUGGCGGACAUUGGAGCAGGGCUGUUGACCAACAGCCCGACCGCUGACCGCAGUCGCACUGUGUCGUCCUCAAGCACGGGGGACACACCCAAAGUCCGGGCCAGAGCUGCAGACCUCUUGAUCAACCCACUCGACCCACGAAACGCUGAAUCUAUUCGAGUCAAAAUCGCUGAUCUUGGAAAUGCCUGUUGGGUGCACAAGCACUUUACCGAGGACAUCCAGACGAGACAGUAUCGUUCCAUUGAAGUCCUGAUAGGAGCUGGUUACAGCACUCCUGCAGACAUCUGGAGCACAGCCUGCAUGGCCUUUGAACUGGCGACUGGAGAUUACUUGUUUGAGCCUCACUCUGGAGAAGACUACUCUCGUGAUGAGGACCACAUCGCUCUGAUCAUGGAGCUCCUUGGGAAGGUCCCACGCAAAGUGUUCGCAGCCGGGAAGUACAGCAGAGAGUUUUUCUCCAAGAAAGGUGAGCUGCGGCACAUCACCAAGCUUAAGCCGUGGUCCCUGUUUGAUGUGUUGGUGGAAAAGUACGGCUGGGCGCACGAAGACGCCGGCCACUUCACCCACUUCCUUCUGCCCAUGUUGGAGAUGGUGCCUGAGAAGAGGGCCUCUGCCGGCGAAUGCCUCAACCACCCCUGGAUUAACUCGUAGCCACAAACUCUGAUCAUAAGCCCUCCUCCUCCCCCAUGUCCCACCAACAGUUAGCCCAAACAUCAUCCCCUGGUGGCAGCUCCAGGAACAACAGCAUAGAGAGAAGAUAAAGACAAACUUAUCCUUUCUACCCUGUCCAACACAUCCAUCAAUGCUUAUCUUAGUAGGCUUAAAUCCAACAAAAGCCCCACAUUUUUCCCAAAAGGAAUGUUAAUACAAGCUUAUGGAGAUAACAAGACAUGGUAGCUGUGUCUUCCGAAACAUCUCCCAAAAAGAAUAAGAUAAUUUACAGAUGGAUGCUAAGAGAGGUGACUUUUCUUCUCUUCUGUUGUCAAGAUGUCAGCCAACCCCCUCAUAUGUUUUCGUGAUUCACAUUUUCAACCUGUUUGGAUCCAGUCAUGGGCCACUAACAGCUGCUGAUCUUUUCAUUGAAGGGAAAGAAAAGUAAGAGCCUAGAGCUCCAUCUGCCAUGACCUUUACAUAGCCAGGGCCUUAUAGACAGACAAGAGUGUUUGUUUUUGGCAGAGAGAAUGAGCACAUGUGCCUGUGCUCAAGAUCUGCCUACAGAGACUUCUCCUCUCUAUUUCCAGCCCAGGUACCCCUUCUUCCCCCUCACUCUGCUAUGGAAGAAGCACCCACAUGGGACUAAAAGUUUACACCCUUAUUUCUUCAACAAAUCAAAACCCUUUUCCCAUUUUGGUCCCCCAUUACCUUCCUUCCAAAAUAAGCCGCAUGCUCCUACCAGGGGGCCACCGCAGAGAACUGGAGGUCAGCCAGUCCUCCAGGGGGCACCACAUUGACAGUUGCCACUCUGACAGUGUGGGAUGAGCAGAAAAACAAAAACUAGAAUACAAUCAGUUAAACACAGAGGAGGACUGUUUGGUCUCUUAAGACUUUUUUUAAAUGCAUGGAGGGACUGAUGGAUCAGCAUGAGCGGAUAUAACAAAUGGAAGAUGGAUGCAUCAUUUUAUUAGUGCAUUAAGCUGGUUUCUUUCUUGUUUUUUCCCCUCUUGGACCUUGUGUUAGAAAGAAUUGCAUUAGGUUAUUUUGGUGCCCCGUGUGAGGAAGUUACAACCCCUUCUUCUUCAACUUUUGACAUUCCUAAAUCUUGAUCCAUAAUUCCUGACUUUUAUUCCUAAGAGCAAUUCUGUUGAGUCCUGCUGUGUCACAUUUACCUGAUCUGUUUGGUACUAUUCCCUCAUGUUUCCCCUAUAGAGGAACCUUUUGAUCCCUGAGCGUCUCCAGAAAGGGGAUGGUCGCACGGAGGUUGCACUUGUCUUUGUAGAUGUCCUUCAGGGAUUUGAAAUCUUUGUACAUAGAACUGAGAUCUGGCAACGCAGAUAAGUGGACAACGUUUCAACACACAAGCAUCAUUCCAAAAAUCAGAGGCUGCUGUCAGCAUAACUUGACUUCCUCUUGAUACAGCCGCCAUAGCUCCGGCCCUUGAGGAAUGUUCAGACUGAACUGUGCCACCUGAUGGCAAAUGAGAGUACUGCAUUACCACACACUGCUGCUGCUCUCAGUGCCAAUGCUCCACUGGAUCUCUCCACUUCUCUAUUUCUGUCUCACUCAGACACACACACACACACACACACACUCACACAGACACACAAAGAAAAGCGCAUCAUCACAAUUAGUCCAGUUGCCUAUUUUUCGCAAUAAAUGAAAAAAGAUGAAUAUAAGUAAAUGGUGAGAUAUUUUUAAAAACUAUUUAAUUCAUUUAAAAAAAAAGGAAAAAAAGAAAACAACUUUUCUCUGGUUGUUGUGACCGUGACAGAAACUUGUCUUAUACUGAGGUGAUUGUGUUUGUCUAUUAGAGAUGUUUUUAUUUCUUUUGUCAUUAUUAUUAUUAAUUAAUAUUAUUGAAAGGUUUUUUUACACAGUUGUCACCUCUCCCUCCCUCCUUACUUGAACAGUGCUGCUCUGUCUGGGCUCUAGAUGGUGAUUAAAAGAAAUCAACAGUUUUGCAAUAAAGGGUAUGUGAUGAGUUUUUUUUUGCACCAAAACCUCCUGAUCUCACUCUUUCAGCCAUGCUGACUGUUCUUCCUGAUGACAUUGACAGAAUUGCGUCUCUUGUCUGUGUUUUUCAUUGACAGAUUUAAUAAAAUUGUAAAUUAAUGGA